CUUUGGCUGUUAUCGAAUACUGCUGGUGUUUUGUUUUUGUUAGUUCUUUUGGCGAAUAAAAUAAACGAAAUGGAGCAUUUCUUGAGGGGAUGCGGCAUUUGACCAGGCGGGCACCAGCAGCGGCAUGCCACAGAAGCGCAGCAGAACGAUUUGGGUAUCUUUAUAACGGAGAUUCAGAUGGUUGAGAGAAUCGCCCGAGAGCAAGUGGUUUAGUUCGCCCCCGAAGACGACGAAUGUAAAUUUUAAUUAAAAUCAAUUAGGCGCACACCCGUAAACACGCACCAAACCAAUACUCCGUAUGCUUAUUUGGAGAGCGAGCACCGCAUAGAGCACAAAACUAUACGUUGGACGAAAUUCCGCGCUUAACCUGUUCAGUCGGUCGUGGUCGUGGCGGUGGUGCAACCAAUGGACAUAAUUGGUCUAAUUGGACAGAGCAGCAGAAGCAGCGGAGCACCCCCAGUUACAAUAGGAUGGCACAAUUUACACUCUACAACAAACACAAUGCGCCGCCCAGCAACGACAUUACACGCGUCGACUGCGAGCAUGUGCCCCUAUGCUCCGCCAACGACGUACAGCUAAGAUUCCUGGUGCCCGAUGAUUUGACCGAGGUGCGGCAACUGUGCCAAGAAUGGUUUCCAAUCGACUAUCCACUCUCAUGGUAUGAGGAUAUUACCUCAAGCACGCGCUUCUUUGCGCUGGCAGCUGUAUAUAAUCUGGCCAUAAUUGGUUUAAUUGUUGCUGAAAUCAAACCGUAUCGAAAUGUCAAUAAGGAGGUAAUAGCCAAUAUGAGUGAUAGUGAUGAAUUGUACACCAGGCUGAGCGGUUUUCCAAUGCAGGACAAGGGCAUAUUGCCCGACUCGAUGGGUCGGAACGCGGACGUCGGCUACAUAUUAUCCCUGGGCGUGCAUCGGUCACAUAGACGCAAUGGGAUUGGCUCGCUGCUGCUGGAUGCCCUCAUGAACCACCUGACGACGGUCGAACGGCACUCGGUGAAGGCAAUCUUCCUGCACACGCUGACCACCAACCAACCUGCCAUAUUUUUCUAUGAAAAGCGAAGAUUCACGCUACACUCGUUCCUGCCCUACUACUACAACAUACGGGGCAAGGGCAAGGACGGCUUCACCUACGUGAACUACAUUAACGGAGGCCAUCCGCCUUGGACACUACUAGAUCACAUCAAGCACUACGCCUCCAAGGUGCGUCACACCAGCACCCUCUGCGUGUGGAUGGCUUCCCGUGUGCAGCAGGUGGUGCGUUGGUUCUACCACAAGCUGCUGAUGCGCUUCAAUUUUAUUGAAUGAGAAGGAAAGGACCAAGGACUGACUGCAGCACGACUGGACAACCCCACAAAUCACAAAACGGCAUUCUUCCGAGUCACAAAAACAAACAAACACUUUUAAUUCUGAUUUUGAGUCGAUGCAUAGCAUUAUGUUAUGUCAUUCUGCUGAGCAUGUUUAACGACCCCCCACAUACAAGAACAUAUAUAUAUAUAUAAUUGCACAGAAACACACACACACACACACACACCCUCAUAUACACCUUCAUUAUAAAUGUUAGGCAAUACCCCUUCUGCAGAUCAUUUCGUUUUUAUACAAAAGAGAGAAUAACUAGAAAACAACAACAAGAGUUGAGCAUAAGUUGAAAGAUGUAAAGAUAAUUUUAUAUGUGUAUUAUUACGUUUUAAAUGAUAUUUGUUCACUGCUGUAAAUAGUCUUUAUGAUGUUUAGACGCUGUAACUGUUUGCCCAUGGUGGCGCGCAAGUGAUUUUGAUACUUUUUGUUGGACAUAUUCCAUGUAUGCUAUAUUUAAUGACUGUAUGUAGUAUGUAUGUUUCCUUGUACGUUUAUAAUUUUCUUUAUUUUUUUUGUUUGUUAAGUUCCACGCACAAGACAAGUCAUUUAUAUUAGCGAAAAUUCAACACAACAAAGAUGCUCAUGCUUUAAUGCUAAAUUUAUGGAAUCUGCACGAAAAUAGCUUUGAACGGAGAAUGAGAAACGAAUACUAUCUACAAAACAACAACACCCAACAACACAAAAUCACUUUCAAAACUCUGUUCGCUGUUUCUAUAGUAUUUUGUAAAAGUAUUUUAAUGCAACUUGUUUCGCAGCUAAUUCAUAUUAUUUUAGGCACAAUUUAUUUAGCAAAUUGUAAUAUUUUUAAAAUAAAAACUUGUAAAGU